AUGAACGGAAUGAAUGGACACUUUGCUGCUGUCGGGGGCGCCUCGAACCCCAAGGACUUCGAACAUGGCGUCCAGGUCAUCGACGGGGACAAGAACUUCAAUCCGGACCUACCGCAGUACCUAGGAUUGGAGAACAUCAUUCGAUCCGGCUUCAACUACCACAUCAUCUCCGUCUUCGGCAGCCAGAGCACAGGCAAGAGCACGUUGCUGAAUCAUCUCUUCGGCACGCAGUUUGGUGUGAUGAGCGAAACGGAACGAAGACAGACCACGAAAGGGAUAUGGAUGUCAAAGAACAAGAAAGAGCAUGUUGGAGACGGUCCCGGACAAGCCAUGGCCGAGAACAUCCUGGUCAUGGACGUGGAGGGUACUGAUGGGCGCGAGAGAGGAGAGGAUCAGGACUUUGAACGCAAGAGCGCUCUGUUUGCGCUGGCCACGAGUGAGGUCUUGAUUGUCAAUCUCUGGGAGACACAAGUCGGCUUGUACAAUGGAGCGAACAUGGGUCUGCUCAAGACAGUCUUCGAGGUCAACUUGCAGUUGUUCCUCAAAGAUUCGAAAGCAGUCCCACGCAGUCUUCUCUUCUUCGUGAUCAGAGAUCAUGUCGGUAGCACCCCGCUGGCCAAUUUGAAGCAAACUCUGAUCUCGGACUUGUCGAGGACGUGGUCCUCGCUUUCCAAGCCCCCUGGGCUGGAAAAUAGCAGUAUCGAGGACUACUUUGACUUUGCCUUUGUCGGUCUACCACACAAGCUCUAUGCACCCGAGAAAUUUGAGAAAGAGGUCGCGAAACUGGGUGCAAGGUUCCGCGAGGGCUUCAAAGAUCCCAAGCGGGCUGGCCUUGUGGACGAAUCAACGGAGCCUAUUCUCCUUCCCGAAUACCAUCGCCGCAUUCCAGCCGAUGGUUUCCCGAUGUACGCGGAGGGUGUAUGGGAACAAAUCGACAGCAACAAGGACUUGGAUCUGCCAACUCAGCAGGAGCUGCUCGCACAAUUCAGGUGCGAUGAGAUAUCGAAGGAGGUUCUGGUUGCUUUUGAUGAGAUCAUCGCUCCACUGGAAGAGCUCCAGGCGAGUGCAAUUGCUGCAGGAAAGCUUUCUGUGAUUUCAGGGCUUGGGCAGAAGAUGAUUGGCGCAAGGAAGGCUGUCCUGGCUGGUUUCGAGGUCGAAGCCAGCAGAUACCACAAGGGCGUCUACAAGACGAAAAAGGGUGAACUUGAGUCGAAGGUCGAUGGUAGAUUGAAGACUUUGUUCCAGGGCCAGAUCAGCGCUGCCCACAAGAAUGGUGUGAACGAGUUUUCGGACGCCGUGACGAAUGCGGUCAAAGCUGGACAGAAGAAGGGCGCAAACUACGACUUCCACCAAAUUGUGCAAUCCGAGAAGAAACGAGCUCUGGAGAAGUUCGAUGCGGAGGCCAAAGCUUCUUUGAUCGAAGGAGCGCCAUGGAGUGAUUACAAGCAACAGCUGAACUUAUACCAAAAGGACCUCGAGCAAGUCAGCUCCCGUCUGAGACAAGACGAGAUGCGACGGUUGGCGACGAGAAGUGAGCGGUGGGUGCGCACUAAGCUUGGAGAGAAUGUUGGAGUUGAGUUCAACAAGCUUGGAUCUGGACGCGCGGGCUCCGGCGCACCAGCGGAAGGACAGAAGCCGCCGGAGCAAGACCUUUGGGAUCGCAUUUGGAACGUCUUCACCGAUACUGUAUCCCACGCGGAGACUCGCUUCACCGAGAGAGCUCGCAGCUUCGAUGCAGGCCCUGAUGAAGUCGAGGUCGGCCUCUGGCGAUUGCGGAGAAAGUCUUGGGGAGCGCUACGCGACAAGAUCGAUGAAGAGCUCAUGGAAGGCAACUUGCUGCUCAAGCUGCGCGAGAACUUCGAGGACAAAUUUCGAUACGACUCGGAGGGUGUGCCGCGGAUAUGGCGACCCACCGAUGAUAUCGAGGGCUUGUACACUCGAGCGCGAGAGAGCACGCUGACGCUGAUUCCUCUGCUUGCCAAGUUCCGCCUUUCACGCACAUCUGCCUGUCCACCCUUGGAUGCCUGGGUCGGCGAGCCUCCUAGCACCGUCACAGCGACUGAUGAGGAGGAUCUCCAUCCAAUUGGUGGCAUUGACGCCGACGAAGGCAAGACUCUGGACGAGGAGAUGACAGUCCUCAGCGAUGCGAAGCAGCAAGAUUUAACCACCCGAUUCAAGAAGACCGCGGAUGGUGUGUAUGUCGAGGCGAAGCGAAGUGCCAUUGGUGGCAUGACGCAAGUGCCUUUGUAUUUCUACGGUUUGCUUUUGGCUCUUGGAUGGAACGAGCUUGUAACAGUACUACGCAACCCACUCUACUUCAUUAUGCUCAUCCUCCUCGGUGUUGGCGCCUACGUAACCUACACGCUGAAUCUCUGGGGACCGAUGCUCCGCAUGAGCAAUGCAGCGAGCACGCAGGGUUUGGAGAUCUUCAAGGAGAAGCUGAGAGAAGUUUUGCAAUCGACCGAAACGGGCAGAGAAGCUAUGCAGAUGAGCGAGAAGGCAGGAUACAGCAUGGACACUUUGAACAGUAAUGGGAAGACCAAGGCGAAGACAUCGGCGAAGGAGGACGAGGUCGACGAGAUUUGA